UUACCCACAGUUACCAACUUUCGUGAAUUUUGUUCACCUAAAGUUGACCUAAAAAAUUAGCAUGCAAUUUUCAACCCCACAGCAUGCUACGAAUUUCAUGAAAAAUCGAAAAGAACCCGUAUUUUAUCCUUUUACUAAUUUUUUUUUCAAAGAAUGAAUUUCUUCGAGAGGUUUAGGAAAAAUGAUUUCACGCGAAUGAUUCAAUCAAGUGCUUAACGCUUAAGAAAUCAUACUUGAGACGUAAUUUAAUUCGAUCACCUCUUAUUUUGAAAGCACACUCAACUUGUGGGUAAUACCUAAUGCAGAGCUACUUCAUAUUUAAAAUUCAAAUAAAUAAUCGCGACAGUAAAUUUCGGAAUCAAAGUAAAAUUUCCUUUUGCGAGUUGAAGAUCUUUGUGUUGGUGUAAAGCAAAAGUUGGCUCCUGCAUCGGUACUCACUACGGAAUUAAUUUUAUUCAUUUUUUAAACUCAAAUUUCUAAUUUUCGAAGUGCACAAAAAUACUGAAUUGUUGCGAUGCCUCUCCUGGAUAUCACAGACUGUCUCGGGUGCGCUUUCGAAGACACAUCCACUUUAUCAACCAUGUGUCAGUCAAGUCUCAGUUUGAAAACACUAAUGUUUUUGAGCUUAAUCGAAUCCUUAUUCAGAUCACAGUGCUCCAUUGCAGAUUCAUGUCGUCGAGCACAAACUCUCAAGUCAUCCAAUGCAAAAGAUUUCAAAGAUAGAUAUCACGAUUUCAUAAUAGUCGGCGGAGGAGUUGCAGGUUCAGUGCUGGCUGGAAGAUUAAGUGAGAAUCCAAAUCAUAAAGUUUUAUUACUGGAAGCAGGUCCUGAAGAACCAAUUUCCCCUUCUGUGCCAUUUUUCGCUUUCUCUGCUGUGAAUACUUCGCUUGAUUGGAAUUAUCAAACAGUUCCUCAGAAAAAUGCCUGUUUGAGUACAGGUGGAAUUUGCGCAUGGCCUCGAGGCAAAAUGUUAAGUGGAACAGCUUGUAUGUCAGGAAUGAUGUACACGAGAGGCAGUCCAGAUAUCUACAACCACUGGGAAAAAUUAGGAAACACAGGUUGGAAUUAUCAAGAAGCGUUACACUACUUCAAAAAAUCCGAAAACAAUACUCAAUCCCCAGAUCUGAUCGAACCCCAAUAUCACGGUUUUGACGGUCCCAUGAAAGUUGACAAUUUCCCACAUCAGCCAAAAGAAGCCAAACUAAUACUAUCAGCGGUGAAAGAACUAGGAUACAGAAUUGGCGACCGUAAUGGAAAAUAUCAAACCGGUUUCACAACCGCUUCGGUAAUGGUAGAAAAUGGGGUACGAGCCAGUCCAAGCAGAAUGUACCUUCGACCAGCAAUACAUCGUCAAAAUUUACGAGUCUUCAUAAACUCAUACGCUAUAAAAAUUAAAUUCAACAAAAAAGGUAAUAGAGCCAUCGGAGUCCACUUCAGAGAUAAAUUCGGCAAUAUACGUAAAGUACAUGCUUCCAAAGAAGUUAUCUUAUCCGGAGGUGUAGUCGGAUCUCCUCAACUACUUCUGUUAUCCGGAGUAGGACCAAAAAAAGAUUUAACCAAGUUGAACAUUCCAGUCGUCAAAGAUUUACCAGUAGGUAAAAAUUUACAUCAUCAUUUCGGUGUUGCUGCCAUAGCUACGAUGAAAAAUGUAACCGAAGACGAGUUCAAUAUUAAAUCGCUUUACAAUUAUAUCAAUUCGCGAAACGGACCAUUUUCCAGCACAGGACUAACUCAGGUUACCGGAUUCUUGGAAACCAGCAAAACUACCAAUAAUAUUCCAGAUAUUCAAGUUUUCAUGGAUAGCUACAGAACAACGUGUGAAAAAUAUGGCCCAGUGAAAAACAUAACCCAAAUAACAUUACGACCCGUUUACCUUUUGUCAAAAUGUAGAGGAUCUAUAAAAUUACGUUCCGCUGAUCCUCUAGACUAUCCGGAUAUAGAUCCAAAUUAUGUAUGCGAUCGCCAAGAAGAAGACGCUUUAAUAGAGUCGAUUCGAAUGCUGCAAAAAUUAAUGAAAGCAAAAGCACUGAAAAAUCAUUUCAUCGAGUUCUCAGCUUACGUCGAAUCCGGUUGCGAAUCAUUGCCCAAAGACUCGGACGAAUAUUGGCGAUGUCAAAUACGAAUGAAUACGUUGGGUGAAAAUCACCACGCUGGUACUUGCAAAAUGGGCCCGGCCAAUGACCCGACUAGUGUGUUAGAUCACCAAUUACGAGUUCACAGUAUACCAAAUCUUAGAGUCAUCGAUGCGUCCAUUAUGCCUACGCCAAUCAACUGUAAUACAAUCGCUCCACUUUUAAUGAUAGGCGAAAAAGGUGCACAAAUGAUUAAAGAUGCAUGGAAGUGACCACGUCGAUAAUCUGUUUUAGUUAAUCUCACAAGCAUUUGUUGUUGUUUUUGUUGUAAAUAUGUAGUACGUUUUGUUCAUGACAUUUCUUAAAUGAAUACACGAUCUGUUGAUUGG